UGGACUGGUCCAUGGCCGGGCCUAUGCAGUAGGGAGUUGUUUGGCGGAGCCCUCAAGUUUUUCUUUACUUUGCAUUUUAUUUUAAUUUACACACACAAGAGUCGUUUCUUCGUUGUUUUCUUCGUUUAUCACUCGCACCUUCCGCUCUGACAUUUCGGCGUCGCUGUGUUCGCGACAACAACAACUAAAACCAGGCUCGCCGAGGUAGGACAGCGGGGACGUAAGGGGAAGCACAUCGGCUGACCGCGGCGGGCUGAGCUGAUGAUGCCGACGUUGCGGGACAGCACCAUGUCCCACCCCGGAGAGAAUUCACACCAAGUUCGGGUGAAAGCGUACUACAAAGGGGACAUCAUGAUCACCCACUUUGAGCCGUCCAUCUCCUACGAAGGCCUGUACGGGGAAGUCAAGGACAUGUGUUCCAUGGACAACGACCAGCUCUUCACCAUGAAGUGGAUCGACGAAGAAGGCGACCCGUGCACCGUGUCGUCUCAGCUGGAGCUGGAAGAAGCGCUGCGUCUCUACGAGCUCAACAAAGACUCGGAGCUCAUUAUCCACGUGUUCCCAUGUGUGCCAGAGAAACCCGGCAUGCCGUGUCCUGGUGAAGACAAGUCCAUAUAUCGGCGAGGAGCACGGCGCUGGAGGAAGCUCUACUACGCCAGCGGCCAUGCCUUUCAGGCCAAACGCUUCAACAGGAGAGCACAUUGUGCCAUCUGCACGGAUCGAAUCUGGGGUCUGGGCCGGCAAGGCUACAAGUGCAUCAACUGCAAGCUGCUGGUCCACAAGAAGUGCCAUAAACUCGUCACCGUGGAGUGCGGCCGGCCAAUGAUCCAGGAACCAAUCAUGCCCGGACAGCCAUCCAAUCAGUUAGACCACACAGAACAGCCAGGCCCUCAGAAUAAAGACUCCAGAGAGAGCUUGACUUACGACGGCGAGGAGAAAGAGGCGCGGAACAGCCGAGACACAGGCAAGUCGCCUUCCAGCCUGGGCCUGGCCGACUUCGACCUGCUGCGGGUGAUCGGGCGCGGCAGCUACGCCAAAGUGCUGUUGGUGCAGCUGAAGAAGACGGAACGCAUCUACGCCAUGAAGGUGGUUAAAAAGGAGCUGGUCAACGACGACGAGGACAUUGACUGGGUUCAGACGGAAAAACACGUUUUCGAGCAGGCCUCCAAUCACCCCUUCCUGGUGGGCCUGCACUCGUGCUUCCAGACAGAAAGCAGACUCUUCUUUGUCAUCGAAUACGUCAAUGGCGGCGAUCUCAUGUUCCACAUGCAGAGACAGAGGAAGCUUCCAGAGGAACACGCAAGGUUCUAUUCGGCAGAGAUCAGUCUGGCGUUAAACUACCUCCACGAGCGGGGGAUCAUCUACAGAGAUCUGAAACUGGACAACGUGCUGCUGGAUUCCGAGGGACAUAUCAAACUGACAGACUACGGCAUGUGCAAGGAGGGUUUGAGACCGGGCGACACAACCAGCACUUUCUGCGGCACCCCCAAUUACAUCGCUCCUGAAAUCCUGCGAGGAGAAGAUUACGGCUUCAGCGUGGACUGGUGGGCGCUGGGCGUACUGAUGUUUGAGAUGAUGGCGGGCCGCUCUCCUUUCGACAUCGUCGGCAGCUCCGACAAUCCCGACCAGAACACAGAAGACUACCUCUUCCAAGUCAUUUUGGAAAAACAGAUCAGAAUUCCACGCUCGCUGUCAGUCAAAGCCGCCAGCGUCCUGAAGGGAUUCCUCAACAAGGACCCCAAGGAGCGCCUCGGAUGCCACCCGCAGACCGGCUUUGCCGACAUCAUGGGCCACCCGUUCUUCAGAAACGUGGAAUGGGAUCUGUUGGAGCAAAAGCAAGUGGUGCCGCCGUUCAAGCCCAACAUCUCCGGCGAGUUCGGACUGGAUAACUUUGACGCCCAGUUCACAAACGAGCCCAUCCAGCUGACGCCUGACGACGACGACGUGGUGAAGAAGAUCGACCAGUCGGAAUUUGAGGGCUUCGAGUACAUCAACCCACUCUUGAUGUCGGCUGAGGAGUGUGUGUGAAGGGAGGACGCACACACACACAUAUACACACACACACACACACACACAUACACAAAUGCACGUCAGUGUCUUCAUGCUGCGUGGCGACAUCCAUUUUUUUUUGUUGUUGUUGCCAAAACACACUUUGGUGUAAAAGCACUCGUCCUUAAGUCUAUUUUUGAUACCAUAUCAAAAGUGCACUGAUGUCAUUGUGUCAUGGGGACGGGGGGAGGGGGGGUCAUACAAAGUUCUUCCGAGGUUACUUAGCGUACGAAGGCAGCGGCGCUGGGAGUUGAGGGCGGAGCCUGUCGCAGGAAGUGAGCGUCCACUUGUAUUAGAUUUUGUAUCAAAGUAUAUGAAAAAUAAUAAUAAUAAUAAUAAUAAUAAUAAUGCGACACGGCAGUCUAGUGGUUAGCGCGCAGACCUCACAGCUAGGAGACCAGGGUUCAAUUCCACCCUCGGCCAUCUCUGCGUGGAGUUUGCAUGUUCUCCCCCGUGCAUGCGUGGGUUUUCUCCGGGUUCUCCGGUUUCCUCCCACAUUCCAAAAAAACAUGCUAGGUUAAUUAGCGACUCCAAAUUGUCCAUAGGUAAGAAUGUGAGUGUGAAUGGUUGUUUGUCUAUAUGUGCCCUGUGAUUGGCUGGCCACCAGUCCAGGUUGUACCCCGCCUCUCGCCCAUAGACAGCUGGGAUAGGCUCCAGCAUCCCCCGCGACCCUCGUGAGGAAAAAGCGGUAGAAAAUGAAUGAAUGAAUGAAUAAUAAUAAUAAUAAUAAUAAUACAGGUUAGCCGGGCAUUAGCGUAGCGACACUAGCCUUCCUCGGAAACGCUGUAUUUGUAAUGAAGAUAAGCCAUUAUAUAUAUAUAUAUAUAUAUAUAUAUAUAUAUAUAUAUAUAUAUAUAUAUAUAUAUAUAUAAACAUGCUACGUAGACUUGAACAAGUGGUCUUCGUUCCUGCAGCGUCGCAGGCUUAAACGGUAGCGUGAAGGAAAAGAGAACGUUAGCAAGCUUCACGCAUUAGGACCAAAAAAAUAUAUAUAUAUGACCAUGACGACGCCGGGUUUGUAACCACGCCUCCUUUUCUACUUCCUCCAUUCCAUUCUUGGCUGUCAGUCAAAAAAAAAAACGUCAACCUGCUGGAUCGCGGCUUUCGUUUUCAUUUUCCCGCUAAAUGAAAGGACACAAAGCCAACCGAGCACAUUCAUCGGUCUGUUACUUAUUCUUAUUCUUAGGACUUUUUUAUUUUGGAAUGGCCAUACUGAGUACUAAAUAUGACCUUAUGGCGUUGACCACCGCCUGGAGGACAUUUUAUUAUUAGUGUGCAAAAGAAAAACUGUCAAAUAAACAUUUGAUUUCUCCUUGUGGUAAAAACAAAGUCAUUAUUUCUGUCACUUUUUUUUUUUUUUAAUAACACGAUUUAUAGGUAUUUUGAUGCAUCAGUGGACCUCCUGGGAGCAAUAACACUGCAUUACAUUACUUAUUUAUUCCAAAAUAUGCCAUUCAGAUUCUAAUUAAUUAAAACAAAGUAUUAUAGCCAGUAAUAUUUUGGCUGCAUUUUCUUGACUAAGCUAUAAAAAAAAAAUAAUAAAAAAGGGGUUCAGUUGUUUUUUAUUAUUAUUUUGCCAAGGUCAUGUAUUUUUUUAGAAUUAUUAUUGCAUUUUCUUGGCCAAUAUAAGCGAAAGAAUUAUCCCCCAAAAAUGGUGAACUCAUUCAAUCCAAGACUUUUUCAAAAGACAAGCCCUUGAGUAGCGGCUGUUUGCACUGAUUUUUCAGGGAACACAGAUUAUCUACUAUGGUUAUAUAAACAUCGAAGCUGCCAAAAGAAAGUGUAAACUUUCACCAGAAACCUUUUUGCAUCCUUUAUUAAUCAGCAGCAGAACAUUCAUAAGUUUCAGGAAAAUAUCUGUUCCUGACUAAAAAAAAAAAAAAAGCAGCUUUUUGUGAAAUUAUACAUUUCAAGCGUAACUUUCACUUUGACAAUACUAU